AUGAUUAUGCAGCAGAUCUCACCGUUGCCCCAAAAGGGCGAAUAUCUGGCAGGUUUGAAGCGUACCUCCAAUGUAGAAGGACGCUUGGCAAGGCUCUUUGAGGGCUUUGGCUGCACAGCCCCCUUGGGUCCCUGUAGCCCCCCAGCAGCAGCCGAUUGGAUCUGGGAGGGAGAGAAGACACUAAGAACCUGGCGAUAUCAGAUAUGGGAUGACAGCCGAGACGCUGAGGAGGGCAAUUUUUCUGGACCAACAACAUGCAGCAUAUUUCCAGUAUAUUCCCGGGUGUAUUUGUCCGUCGUAGCUGUAAUAUUCAUCCAUUCUGCAAAGGAUUGUGGUGAAAAUAACGGACAAUACCGUGUCUAUACGGCCUUGGCAAGAGGACGCGUGUCCCAGCUGGAGGCUGGAUGA